CGUAAAUAGUUUUGAACGUCUAGGUAUUGGACGUAACGUAGACAAAUAAAAUAUAGAAAAUUGUUAUUGAUAUUUAUUUAUUACUCUGUCGUGAUCAAAUAGUUAACAAAAUGCUUUCUAAUGCAUAUUGGUUGACACUAUUAGUGCUUUAUUUAUGUUUUGAUUUUGCAUAUCCAAGAAAAUUCGGCUACAAUGACAACACGGAUCAUCACUGGGAUGUGUUAAUUUUCACACAACAGUGGCCAUCAACAUCUUGUGAAGAAUGGAAAGACAAGAGUCCUUCAAAUAAAUGUACAAUGCCAAGCGUCCUGAACUCGUUCUCUAUCCAUGGGGUUUGGCCGACAAAAUACGGUACCUUGGGACCCUUCUUCUGCAAUCGUUCUGCACAUUUCGACCCAGAGGCAAUUAAACCCAUUGAAACGGAACUAACUGAUGUGUGGACCAAUAUUGAAUAUGGCACCUCUACAUACUCUCUUUGGGCCCAUGAAUGGACGAAGCAUGGUACCUGCGCUGCAGAAGUCCUAGAAAACUUCAAUACAGAACUUAAGUACUUCACCAGAGGUCUUGAAUUCUACAAAACCUAUAAUUUAAGCAACAUACUCAGUGAAGCGGACAUUGUACCAUCAGUGAAUAAGGCUUAUGAUUUAGUUGAUAUUGUUAAUGCAAUUCGAGUUCACCUCGGUGUGAACCCAGUAGUUGAAUGUAGAAAAGAGGAAGGUAAAAGCAGCUUAUUCGAAAUUCGUCUUUGUUUCACUAAGGAAUUGAAGCUUGUUGAUUGUGAUGGUGUUGUACAUGGAACUAGUGAUAAUCUACUUACAAACUGUGACCGAACCCAGAAAGUCUUAUAUUUGCCUUACAGUACCAGCUCUGGUCUUGUGCAGUGGUAUAAAUUGAUAACUUGGUUGCAAUGGUUCACUCUUUAAUUUGGUGAUAUAUGUGAGUGUGUUUAGUAAAAUGUCCUACUUUGUCAGUUACCAUUAAGGUGAGAUUUACUUGUAUCUUUAUAUUAAUAAACUGACAAAGUGGGACGUUUUCCCGUGCACACGCACAUAUCGUUUGCACAUGACAAUCAUGAUUAACGACUGAUGAACUGGAAGUAUAGAUUGUUUAGCACAGUGACUAGACACAUGGCAUAAGGGUCCUGUUCCAUAUUCAUAGUUUGUGUGUCAACUGAUCAAUAUCAAAUACAUCUCUUUCAAAUCCAUAGCAAUGCCCACCCUUUCUUUAACUAACUCUUAUAUUAUAGAAGAAAAGAUGAAAUUUAUUUGUCAGGAAGUUACAGUUCCAAUAAACCUUAAUUUAUGAAUGCCAGAAGACGUUAAACUGAAUAAUAAUCUUUUGGAUGUUAAUUAUAUCAAAGAGUUAACAACAAUAUCAUAAAAAGGAUUUAUCAAUGUAUAAACACUGUUACAAAAAUAUUGACGUAUUAAAUAAAUUUUAUAUUUACAUAAUUUUGUGUAACCAAAAUCAAGGAACUUCUUUUGAUGUAAAUACAUAUUUUUUAGCAUCAAAAAUAGACCACUUAUGAUUGCCAAAAUCUUUAAGUACUUACUUCAAAAUAUCUGAUAAAAGUGAUGCACAUUGGCACAUUUUUUGUAGAAAAUUUUACUUAUUACUAAUAGCAAUACGAGGCGGCUGAUGAACUUACUAUUAUAAAUAUUCAUUAGAUUUUUUUUUAUGAAUUACUACAUUAUAAGUAGGUAAUCUAACUAAGUAGUAUGUAGGAAUACUAGUCUGUUAGAUAGUGUGACUUUUUUGCUUCUCUGCUUUCUUUCUUUCUACAUUCGUAUUUUUAUUUUAUUUUUGGCACAGAUUUAAGAAAAUUUUGCUCUGAGAUUUUUGGCCUAAUAAAUAGCAAAAUAAGUUGAUAAAUCAUAUUGUUUAGUUUUCUUCAGUUAAAAACAAUUUAAGUAACAAAAGAUUUCUAUCUUUCCAUCAGAGAUGGGAUGUCUCAUGUGCAAUAUAAGGAUCAUUUCAUUAAAAUUUGUGUUGGCGUUCCAGACAAAAUGAUCCUUCUUGUACUGGAAGCACCCUUAUGCUUCUGUAUCGAAAGUCACAUUUUUUAAAGUAAAAAUAUGUUUGUUUGCAUUUACAAUAUUAGAGCAGUUGUUCGCAUAUCGGAGAAACAAUUAAUUUAUUCCAUUACCCUUGGUUUGGUGUCCAAUGGCACCAAUUACCGACAAAGCAAACUAUAGAUUGAACUAUGACCUAUUAACUAUGAACUAUUUUUCAUACACAUUAGAUUUUGCUUUCUCAAGGUUCUCUUUCUCUUACACUCUUAUAGAAAUUAAUUCUUAAAUUAAUGUAAUAAUAAUUUUAAAAAAUCUGGUCUAUUUUUUUAUUAAUAAAAACUGCAUAAUAAUACAUU